AUGCCUUUGCCUGUGAAAAGCAAGUCAGCAACUGCCUGGAACCAGACCAAAACAGAGGAACUACUCCAAGAGUGUGCCGACGACACUGUAUGGAGGAAGCCCCCGCAUCACACACAGAGUGCUGAUUCUGACUCAGACUCUGACUCUGCACUAGGUGGAACAACGAGUUCAUCAGAAGAAGGAGAUAGUGCAUGCGCUGUCAGCCCUGACGUGCCUAUCCUCAUAAAUCCGAAUGAUCCUUUGUCAACGCCUGAUCAUUUGCUUCUGAGCCGAGCCAAUUCUCAAACUCAGUAUGAUCAGCAGCGGCUUCUCGACAGCCUUGCUUCUUUUAGAGAUACGUUGGUUGCAAACCAUGCGGCAAGCCUAUCAAUGCUUGAUCAAGAGCUGGAGAAGGUGAAACACAGCAUGGCUAUGGUGGCUGCCACGGCAUCUACGUCUCUCCUCGUCCCAGGGAAAUCAACUUCGAAGUCCAGCGCAGGAAGGGAAGUGCGAGUCAAGCUGCCUGGAGCCCUGGGCACCAGCGAUGAUUUCUCAGGCACUGAGUUUGUUAGCGUGGACAAGAAAGGGGACGAAGCUCCCUUCGCUCACUUUCAAUCGUUGGAGAAGAGUCGAAAGAGACGUCUCUCGUGGAUUCCCAAGACAGGGGGAAGUUUCGGCCAUGAUUUGCAUGUUGACACUAUUGAAGAAGAGCUACCAUCGGCCCCUAUUGUGGCUCACUUGACCCGAGAAGAGAAAUCAAAAGCCAAGAAGGAAGCUGAAGACUAUCAGGAAGCAGGAAUGUUGUCACAUUUCAAUGCUGACCUCGCAAAGGAGCAAAUCCGGAAAAAGGCUGCAGAGGAAUUUGAGAUGCCUAGCGAGGUGCUGAAGAGCGAUGGAAUUCUAGCAAAAAUCGCCAAGCAUCAUGUGUUUGGAUCGACCACCAUGGUGGUGAUUUUUCUAAAUGCCAUUUGGAUUUCUAUUGACAUCGAGUUCAACAACGCGCCGGUGCUCAGUGAAGCAGAUGCCAUUUUCAUCGUUGUUGAGAAUCUAUUUUGCAGUUAUUUUACCGCGGAGCUUCUUAUACGAUUCGGCAGCUACAAGCGCACAUGCACGGCAAUGAAAGAUCUUUGGUUUCUAUUUGACUUGAUGCUCGUGGCGUUGAUGAUCUUUGAGACUUGGGCAAUGCCAAUCUAUUAUGCCGCCAGCGGAGGUGGCUCUGGCCUAGCGAGCGGCACCAGCGUUCUACGCAUCUUCCGCAUCAUGCGAGUGCUGCGCACAGCACGUAUGGCACGUUUGGUUCGCCUCAUGCCGGAGCUCAUGAGCCUCGGAUGA